AGAUAAACAGGAAAAAGGUCUCUUUCUCUGGGGAAGGACGGCAGCGAGUGCUCUGGAAUUCUAUCAGCAUCAGAGGGUUAGAAGAAGCUGGAGCUCUGCUAGCUAACUGGUAAGCAGAGUCUUCCGCAGAUUCUUGCUGGAGAGAAGCAAUCAGGACAGUGCUCCUUGGAGUUUCUGUAUCAAAUGUCAACACCAUGAUGCAUCCUCAAGUCUUCAUUUCAGGCCUCAUACUACUUCUCCCAGGUGCUCUGGGUUCUUACCCAGUAGUGGAAGGUGUGGUGGGUCACCCUGUGACACUGCCAUGUACUUACUCAACAAAUGAGGGAAUCACUACCGCAUGCUGGGGCCUUGGCGAAUGUAAAUCUGUUUAUUGUGCUAGAACCCUUAUCUGGACCAAUGGAUAUCAAGUCUCCUAUCAGAGGAAGAGCCGAUACCAGCUAAAGGGUCAUAUUUCAGAAGGAAACGUGUCCUUGACAAUAGAGAAUGCUCUUCAGAGUGACAGUGGUCCAUAUUGUUGUAUAGUGGAGAUUCCUGGAUCUUUCCGUUAUGUGACCUAUUCCUUGGAAGUUAAACCAGAAAUUCCCACAAAUCCUCCAACAAGACCCACAACUACACGGAGACCCACAACUACAGCAAGACCCAGGACUAUUUCAACAAGACCCACAAUUACAACAAGACCCACAACUACAGCAAGACCCAGGACUAUUUCAGCAAGACUCACCCAUGUACCAACAUCACCCCGAGUCUCAACCUCUCUUCCUCCAACACAAACACACCCACAGACUCACACAGCAGAACCCACUACGAUUUAUCCACAUCUGACAACAGCUGAGGUGACAGAAACCACAUCCUAUCCUCUUGCAGAUUCGAAGAACACUGUGACAUCCUCACCUGACUCAUGCAAUAAUUACACUGAAUCGAUCCUCUCACAUGAGUGGCAGAAGAACACAACUAAUGGCUUCUUUGUGGGCAUCUCCAUGGCUGUCCUGCUGCUGCUGCUGCUGUUUGUGUGCACCCUGGCUGUCACCAUUGUUGCCAUCGAAAGGGAAACAUUAUCUUUUCCAUAA